ACACACAUGCAUGGGGAUGUGUAGGUGCGUGUGUGUGUCGUGUGAUAUGUGUAUCGUGUUCUCUCUCUGUGUGUCUCCAUCUCUCCGAAGCUGAAAGUGUUAAUUUGCCAAAUUCUGUGCAUGUGCAUAUGUCAGAGUGUGUGUGUUUAUAUGCAUUUGUGUAUGUGCAAUACUGCUGUUGAUGCUGUAGCCAAAAUUCUGUUGUUGCAGCCGAUUGAAACCAUAUACGACGGCCUUGUCAAGCAUUUUAUUAUUGUCGCGCGCGUACUGAGCUGCCGACAAGAAAACAACUGAAAUAUACAAAAUAAAACGGAAAGAAAACAAGAAAAGAAAAACUGCCCCACAGGCAACACACAGCAGCACAGCAGCAACAACACGCAGCGCAUUGCAAUCCCCGCUGAUGCUGCGACCGAGCAACACCUGCAGCUGGAGCUGGAAUUAGCCACAAACAAAUUGCAUUAGCUAGCAGUUAGUCAAAGAGUCUCUCGUUGAAAACAUCGCAGCUCAGCAGGAAAAGCCGGCGUCAUCGCAUUGAUCAACACAAAAUAUAUCUCUAUAAACAACAAGUUGAAAAAAGUCCUCUAAAAGAGAGAAAAAGAAAGCAAGACACAGGGGAGAGGGACAGUGAGAAGCGGAGAGUCAGUGUGACCAGGUGACCAGGAGAGAGGGAGAGGCGUUUUCGCUGUGAGCAGCACAUAAACAAAUCGCCCAUUUGAAUGGAUCCCUGUGUUGGCUGGUUUCAGGAGGAACAGGAGGGACCAGCGUUGCGCACAUGGUUAAAGAUUUGGGAGACGAAUGCCCAGGAAAUGGGUGCACUUCUCGAGCAGCAGCUACAACAGAAUAACAACAAUAACAACAACGGCAGCAACAACAACGGCAGCAGCAACAACAGCAAUAGCAACGCUGGUGGUCAACAGGUGGUGGGCACAAGCAAUACAAAUACUAGGCUGCUAAGCAACGGUCCUACAAUCAGCCUGCGUGAUCCCGACUCAUUACAAAUUCUUCUUCAGCAGUUUAACGGUACAGCGGCAUCGCGUCACGGCAACAAUACCAACAACACUAACGGAGGCAAGAGCUCAAGCAACACAUCUAUCGAUUCCACAUCGAACAACGACAAUAACUCCUCCUCGCCAGUGAGCAGCAGCAGCAACACCAGCAGCGGCGGCAACAGCAACGUCAACAAUACAGCAACAAGCAGCACAACAGGCAACGGAACAACGACAUCGGUAACAGCAACAGUUGCCGCUGCAACAGCAACUACCGCAGUGACGACAUCAUCAAAUACAGCAGCAGGAGCAGCAGCAACAGCUGCUGCAAACAGCACAACGACGCCGCCAGGUAGCGAUAGCAACAACAGUAGCAGCAGCAGCAGCAACAGUAGUAGCAAUAACAACAGCAACAACACGACCACCGGCAACAGCAACAGCGGCGUCGGCAGCGGCGCCUUCAACAAUUUCGUAGUGAAUCCCGCGUCCAAAAUGCCGCUGCAUGAGCGAGCCAACACCUAUUACAAUCCAUCACGCAGGAAACGUGUGGUUGACAACAAAUCGAGCACACUCAAUUUGAAUAAGCACGCCGAAAUGAUUGCCAAAUACGGCGGUUGUCCGUGGCGAAAGCGCGACUUCAUCUACGGCGAGGGCAUCAUUGGACUGCACGAGGAGAUCGAGCAUUUCUAUCAGUAUGUGCUGCCCACGGCCUGCGAGCAUGCCAUACGCAAUGAGGUGGUCAAACGCAUCGAGACCGUUGUCCAUUCCAUCUGGCCCCAGGCUGUUGUCGAGAUAUUUGGCUCCUUUCGCACCGGCCUCUUUCUGCCCACCUCAGACAUUGAUCUCGUUGUGCUAGGCCUGUGGGAAAAGCUGCCGUUGCGCACACUGGAAUUCGAGCUUGUAUCGCGCGGCAUUGCCGAGGCGUGCACGGUGCGUGUGCUGGAUAAGGCAUCGGUGCCGAUCAUCAAGCUAACGGAUCGCGAGACACAGGUGAAGGUCGACAUAUCGUUCAAUAUGCAAUCGGGCGUACAGUCCGCGGAGCUGAUUAAGAAAUUCAAACGCGAUUAUCCGGUGCUGGGCAAACUGGUGUUGGUGCUCAAGCAGUUUCUGCUGCUACGUGAUCUCAACGAGGUGUUCACCGGCGGCAUCUCGUCGUACUCACUGAUCCUCAUGUGCAUCAGUUUCCUGCAAUUGCAUCCGCGCGGCAUCUUCCACGACAAAACGAAUUUGGGCGUGCUGCUGCUUGAAUUCUUUGAGCUGUAUGGCCGGCGAUUUAAUUACAUUCGAAUUGGCAUCUCCAUUAAGAAUGGCGGCCGUUACAUGGCCAAAGAUGAUCUGCAACGUGACAUGGUCGAUGGCCAUAGGCCAUCGCUGCUAUGCAUCGAGGAUCCCCUAACGCCUGGCAAUGACAUCGGACGCAGCAGUUACGGUGCCCUCCAUGUCAAGCAGGCCUUCCAAUGCGCCUAUCGUGACCUUACCCGGGCCGUCAAUCCGCUCAAUCUUUGGGACACCGAUCCGAGUACCCAUUCCAUAUUAGGUCGGAUAAUACACAUCACCGAUGACGUCAUCGACUAUCGCGAAUGGAUACGCGAGAACUUUGAGCAUCUGGCUGUCGUGGAUGCAGCACCGCUGCCCGCCGCCGCCGCCGCAGCUGCCUACACAAAUGGCGGCGCCAAAUAUGUGAUCAUGCCCUCCGGUGCCGUUGUGCAUCAGAUAUAUCAUCCGCAUGCGGUGCUGCAGCCGCACGCCAUCGCCCAGCCAUAUCAUACGGCUGCAGCUGCAGCGGCAGCACAAGCGGCGGCACAACAAGCGGCGGCGGCGGCAGUGGUUGCUGCACAACACCAACACCAGCAGCAGCAUCAACAGCCGCUGCAGCAGCAGCUACAGCCGCAGGCUCAAUCGCAGCUGGCCAUUGGCAAUUUGAAUCUGAGCGCAUUGCGUCAUCGGCGGGGCAGCACCUCAUCGGGCGAUGAUUCCGAGGACAGCAAAGAUUGUUGCGAUGCCGAUCGUGAGACGACGACGACGACAUCGGGGGGCAAUCAACAGAUUGUCGAGGUCAUUGACAUCACAUCGUCGCCCCCAAAUGGACUGGAGAAUGUGAACACAACAGCCAUUGUGCCCAUGCCCAUUGUGGUGGCCAACAGCAGCAGCAACAUCAGCAGUAGCAGUAGCAGCAGCAGCAACAACAACAACAGUGUUGGGGGCGGCGGCAAUGGAAGCAGCAACAGCUCGUCCACGGGCUCGUCGCCAGACAUGGAUCACCACCACCACCACCAGCAGCAACAACAACUUGGUGAACUUCCUUCCGCGGAUGCAGUGGACAACGAGGCGACAGCGGCACCGACGACGGCAACAACAGCAGCAGCAGCCACCACACCCACGGCCUACCACGUCAGCAGCAGCAGCAACUCAAGCAGCAGCAGCAGAACCUAUGGCCAGCAUCAUCACCAGCAGCAGCAGCAACAACAACAGCAGCAGCAGGGAGGAGGUCAACAGCGAAGUCACACCAAUUCCUAUUAUCGCCAGCAGUUCUAUGUGCCACCGCCAAUGCAACAGCAGCAACAGCAAUUGAACAAGUCCAUGUCCAAUCCACAGCAGCAGCAGCAACAGCAGACCAACUACAAUGGCCAUCAUCAGCAACAGCCGCAGCAACAACAGCGACCACAGCAUUUGCGGCUGUCGAGCAGCAAUAGUAGUAACAACAAUGCUGGCAACAGCAACAACAGUGGCGGAAGCUAUCACCAUCAUCAUCAUCACCAUCAGCAACAACAGCAGCAGCAGCAGCAACAUCAUCACCAUCAGCAGCAGCAAAUGCAUCACCAUCAGCAGCAGCAGCAACAGCGUCGACAUUAUCAACAGCAAUCAAGCUCAUCAGCCUCAUCAACGUCAUCGAAAGCGGUAGGUUCGCCCACAGUGUCAUCCACAACGUGCACAGCAGCAGCAGCUGCAACGGCGGCAUCAUCGGCAACAUCGAGUAGCAACAGCCAUAGUAGCCACAACAACAGUAGUCACGGUAGUCACAGUCAUAGCCACAGUCAUAGUCAUAGCCAUAGCCAUAGCCGAUUGCCGUCAAUGCGCGAGACACUGGUUAGUUCACCCUCUUCAAUAUCAAUCAUUUCCAUAUCGUCUGAAUCCUCAGUUGGCAGCUCAAGCUCAUCAUCAUCCCGUUCAUCGCGUUCCGGCUCGGGCGGAGAGUCCACCGACUCGGCUGCCGGGCAAUUGGUCGCGUCUGACGAUCGCUGAAGAGUACAAUCUCAUGCAGUACCAGAGGCGUAAUGAUUGUUGAUUGAUGAGCGAUUUGUUUCGAUUUGAUUGCAAGCGAGAUUCGCACAGAAAGCCAGACCGAAAGGUUGAUUGGGAGUGAAAGAGAAGAAGACCAAGAGAUAGCUAGCUAGCUAGUGAACAAGAAGAGAUGACAAAAGUAAGCAAUAAUAGGAGAUAGCAAGAGUCGUGUUUCAAUUUUAUUUAUUUAUACUCCUCCUUUUUAUAUGAAUCAAGAAUAUUACACGUAUACGAUUACUCAAGUUAUAUACACAGAGAAUGCACGUUAGGAACUUGGAAUAUCUUGUGAAACAUUUGCGUUUAGCGAGAAGGUAAUCAAAUAUGAUGAUAACUCGAUUCCUGGAAUCGCUUGUAUUCCUAUUUCAAACGAUUGCGCCAUUAUUGAUUUGUGGAAUGCAACAUCAGAAGAAUUACGUGAAUAUGAAACAAGAAUUCCCCUUUCCCAAUUUGCUGCAUUAGCUCCCACCAAUCGUAAUAACUAUAUCAACACACGUUUAGAUACCCAUUUUAAAUUGCAAUGACACGCCAAGAAAAACCGCUAGAGAGUUAUAAUAUCAUAUUUAAAUUGUUCAUUUUUUUCUUUAUAAAUAUGAUUUUAAUUAGUAAAUUGCAGUUUAUUAAAAUUUUGUAAUAUAUUUACGCUCGAUUGUAUAUACAAUGUAAAAUAUUAGCUUGACGAUAACAUGAAAACGAUGGCACUUUCUGUCUCACUCUACUCUUUCUCUCCUUUACUAACGAAAGUAGUGCCCAUUAACAGGAGCAAGUUGUUGCUGUCUCGCUUGCGCCCACAUCCAUAAGCAUUAAGAUAUAUAAAUAUAGUAAUAAUUCGUACACUUUUCCCUACAAUUGCUAAUAGUUGGUCUAUUUCAUUUUGUUUCUAAAAUGAAUAUGAAAUAAAACUAAAACAGAAUCACAGCAGAGAUAAAAACUACAUCUAAAUACUAUUAAAAAUCUGAAAAACAAAAAAAAAAUAUAUAUAUACAAAUAAGAAAAUACAUUG